AAACAGUUAUGUUCACACUUGCGACCUAUUGGCGCGAAUCAUUUAAGAUCGUCCUCCCACUUCACAUAAUGAAACGGACCAAAGUAACAAAGGCAGGUCCCUCCAAAAAGUCCGCCAAAAAGGGGGAGGACAGCCCCAAGAAGGUGGACAAAAGUAAACAAGAAAGCAGUGACGAGGAGGCUUCCACUUCGAAGGCUUCGCUGGCUUCCAAGCCGGAUUACCAGAACUUCGAGCAGUUCCUCACACACCUGGACCACCAGCGAGUCUGCGCGGCAGCCAACAUUCAAGAGUUCGCUUUCCGGAAGAAAAGAGCGCGCGUUCUGUCCAAAACCGAAGAUGUAGAGGAAUCCAGCCAAGGAGGCAUCGUCUACUGGAUGUCCCGCGAUGCCCGCGUCCAGGACAACUGGGCCCUGCUCUUCGCCCAGCGUUUGGCUCUCAAGUUGGAACUGCCUUUGUCGGUGGUCUUUUGUCUGGUUCCCAAAUUCCUGAAUGCCACCAUCCGGCACUACAAGUUCAUGAUGGGCGGCCUGCAGGAGGUGGAGCAGCAGUGCCGCUCCCUGGACAUACCAUUCCAUCUGCUAAUGGGUAACGCUGCGGAGAAUCUGCCGGAAUUCGUGAAAUCCAAGGACAUAGGAGCCGUAAUCUGCGACUUUGCCCCGCUGCGUUUGCCGCGCAAAUGGGUCGAGGAUGUGGGCAAGGCGCUGCCCAAGAGUGUGCCGCUGGUUCAGGUGGAUGCCCACAAUGUGGUUCCACUGUGGGUGGCCUCGGAUAAGCAGGAGUACGCUGCCCGCACCAUUCGCAACAAGAUCAACUCGAAGCUAGGGGAGUUUCUCACCGAAUUUCCACCUGUGGUAAAGCAUCCCCAUGGAGCGGGCUGCAAGGAGGCGAAACCUGUGGACUGGUCAGCUGCCUAUGAUAUGCUGCAGUGCGACACGGACGUGGACGAGGUGCAAUGGGCCAAACCGGGCUACAAGGCGGCCUGCCAGCAACUCUAUGAGUUCUGCACCCGCCGCUUGCGCAAAUUCAAUGACAAACGCAACGAUCCCAUGGCAGAUGCCUUGUCCGGACUCUCCCCAUGGCUGCACUUUGGUCAGAUUUCGGCACAGCGCUGCGCCCUGGAGGUGCAACGCUUUCGCGGGCAGCACAAGGCCUCGGCAGAGGCCUUUUGUGAGGAGGCCAUAGUGCGUCGUGAGCUGGCGGACAACUUUUGCUUCUACAACGAGCACUAUGAUAGCUUAAAAGGUCUAAGCUCGUGGGCGUAUCAAACCUUAGAUACACACCGCAAGGAUAAAAGGGAUCCGUGCUAUGGCCUAGAGGAACUAGAGAAGUCCCUCACCUACGACGACCUGUGGAACUCGGCGCAACUGCAGCUGGUGCGCGAGGGCAAGAUGCACGGCUUUCUGCGCAUGUACUGGGCCAAGAAGAUUCUCGAAUGGACCGCCACCCCUGAGGAGGCACUUGAAUAUGCGAUCCUGCUGAACGACAAGUACAGCCUCGAUGGACGCGAUCCCAACGGCUAUGUCGGCUGCAUGUGGUCCAUUGGGGGAAUCCACGACAUGGGCUGGAAGGAGCGGGCCAUUUUCGGCAAGGUUCGAUACAUGAACUAUCAGGGGUGUAAGCGCAAGUUCGAUGUUAACGCAUUUGUGAUGCGAUAUGGGGGUAAGGUGCACAAUAAAAAAUAAAACGUUUUUCGUCUUUGCCUUAGUUUUGA